GAGGUCUCACCAGGCUUGUAAAGUCCCACUAAACACACUUCUGCAAAGUGCAAUCUCACUCAUUCACUCACUUAUUAGUAUCAAAUUCUCAAGCCAAAGCAACCAUAACACUAACACAAGCAUUAUUCCCGUGACUCACACCAACAUCGUUUUCUCGUUUCAGUUUCCGUCAAAAUGGAAAACCACAUCUACUCCUCCUACAGCCCUUCCACCAACUACCGAUUCCGCGACUCCGACUCCUCAACCAUGUUCCUCUCCCACCACCACCACCGCGCCGCCGACUCCACCGCCCUCCGCUUCUCCUCCUCACUCGCCGACGACAUUGCCCCGCCCGGUGUUACCUCCCGCAUCGUCUCCUCCUCCGCCGCCAACUACCUCUCCCCCUGGGCCUCCUCCGCCGCCACCUCCUCCCUCGACUUCAAACGCUCCUCCGACGCUCUCUACCAUCCAACCAUUUUGGGUACAAUUGGGCAAAGUGAAGCUUGGUAUUCUACAAACUCACUGGCCAAGCGCCCUAGAUAUGAAAGUGCUUCCAAUAUGACUAUAUAUCCACAGAGGCCAGGAGAGAAAGAUUGUGCCCACUAUAUGCUCACAAGAACCUGUAAGUUUGGAGAUAGCUGCAAGUUUGACCAUCCUGGUUGGGUUCCUGAGGGUGGAAUCCGGGAUUGGAAAGAGGUUCCAAAUGUUGUUAUAAGUGAAACUCCUCCUGAGAGACCAGGGGUACCAGAUUGUCCAUUCUUUCUGAAAACUCAGAGAUGCAAGUUUGGUUCAAAGUGCAAAUUUAAUCAUCCUAAGGUUUCCUCUGAAAAUGAUGAUGUAACUUCUGGCUUACCUGACAGGCCAUCAGAGCCCCCAUGCUCGUUCUACAUGAAAACUGGAAAAUGUAAAUUUGGUGCUUCUUGUAAAUUCCAUCACCCCAAGGAUAUCCAGAUUCAGUCGUCUGAUGAGUUGAGUCAUACUGCUGCACAGACAGAAAUAAAUUCUAUGAUAGGAGGAGCCCUUGGAGAUACACAACCAAUUAAGUCUCUUAUAUCUCCAUCAUUGCAAAAUAGCAAAGGACUUCCAGUAAGACUGGGGGAAGUGGAUUGUCCAUUCUACAUGAAAACUGGCAGUUGUAAGUACGGUGCCACUUGCCGCUACAAUCAUCCUGAUAGGAAUGCAAUUAAUCCACCCAUUGCUGGAUUAGGCGCUUCUAUUUUUCCAUCCUCAGCUACUAGUCUGAAUAUUGGACUUCUCAGUCCAGCUAUGUCUGUUUAUCAAGGUUUUGACCCAAGGCUGUCAAAUCCAAUGUCUCAGGUGGGAAUUGCAGAAACCAUCUAUCCUCAACGACCUGGCCAGAUCGAAUGUGAUUUUUACAUGAAAACUGGCGACUGUAAAUUCGGUGAAAGAUGCAAGUAUCAUCACCCAAUUGAUCGCUCAGCACCAUCACUGUCAAAGCAGGCUUCUGUCAAGCUCACUCCUGCAGGAUUACCAAGAAGAGAGGGUGCUGUUAUUUGUCCAUAUUAUUUGAAAACUGGAACAUGCAAGUUUGGUGCGACCUGCAAGUUUGACCACCCACCACCUGGAGAAGUUGUGGAGAUGGCAAAAUCUCAAGGAACAUCAGCCGAUGGAGGGGAAGCAGAAGACUGAUAUAAUCUUCUGCUCUGGAUUUCAUCAUCCCUUUAAUUCUUCUGCUUUCUCUUUCGUACCAUGGUGUGAAUCGCUAUGAGCUGUGACUGAACACCUGUUUAUGUUUCCUUUAGUGACUAAUUUCUCUUUUCACGCACAAUUCAUUCUAACACAUUUAUGUCCCAAAAAUCAAACAUAUAUUGUGUUUAAUCCUACUAUGAAUUUGAUGUAUACAGGUGAAUUUGUAAUUGUUGCAAUUGAAUGGUUGAUCUCUUUUUGUUUAAA